AUGUUCUCACUAGACUGUAAGGAUUCUUGUCCAGCGAAAGCUAAAGAUGCAGACACAAAAUUCGUUUCAUUUGUUCAUAUGUUGUUUUGUAACGUUCGCAAAGAAAUAAAUAUUUCUAAAAUUUGCUCAGAUACGGAAUAUAAAGAACUGGUUCCUGCAAAUGGAAGCUAUCUUUACAGUCAGAAGGAUUACAGACCAAAAACAAAGUUUGGCCGUGGUGGCGGCGGUUUGCCACCCGCCAUUGUCGACGAAGUAGCAGACUUCCUAGAAACCGUUCCUGAAGUAGAACCCUACGCCCGGUUAAAAGAAGCGAUCUUACGGAGAAUGGGCCGUACGGAGGAAUCAUUAAUCCGGGAACUAUUUAGCAACCUAACUUGCGAUGGCAGGACUCCCUCCCAACUCCUUCGUUAUAUGAAAAGCCGACUCGGCAAAAAUACCAUGGCUGACUCUAUAUUGAAAAGCUUAUGGCUGGACCGUCUCCCCACCACCAUUACACAAAUUUUGGCGCCCAUGUCCGAAAACACCCCGAUCGAUCAAUUAGCGGACGACGCUGAUCGUAUUUUCUCGCAACUGGAUAAUCAGACAACGCCAGUACACAGUGCUGAAGCGACUAGGGACCACAGGUCCUUGGAAAAAACAGUGGAGGAUUUGCAGCGCCAAGUGAGAGAUUUAACAUUGGCUCUAAAAAGCCAUGGUCGAAGCCGGUUCCCCUCCCGCCGGCGCUUCAGAAGUCGACCUCGCUCGUCCAGUCGGAACAAGGAUGCCACUUCUACUAUGUGUUACUACCACCGACGAUUUGGGUCUGCAGCACACUACUGCACCAAGCCGUGUUCCUAUACUGCGGUCGCGGGAAAACAAAACCGCCAGCGAGUGAAAGCGACUAAUCUCGCUGGCAAGGCAUUUUCACCAAAACUUAGUCGCCUUUUCUAUGUGACGGAUACACGUAAUAAUUUACGUUUUUUGGUUGACACCGGCGCUGCCAUUAGUGUCUUACCCGUGCGUGAUAAAGCACGUAAACAACCUUUCCAGCUCCGCCUACAAGCAGCAAAUGGUUCCAGUAUUAAUACUUACGGUACGAAGUCCCUUACCCUAAACAUAGGGAUGCGACGAGACUUUACUUGGAAUUUUAGUGUUGCUGACGUCCAGAUGCCGAUAUUAGGUGCCGAUUUCCUGGCGCACUAUGAUCUCGCCGUGCGAAUGAACAACCAUUCCCUGACUGACAACUUAACAAGACUGUGUGUUCUUGGCACUUAUUCUAAACUUACCACCACUGGCAUCACUGUGGCAACUUGCCACAAUAAAGAGUACUUAGACUUAUUGAAUCAGUACCAGGACCUCCUGCGUCCUGCUGGAUCUAUUGAUUCAACUAAACAUCAAACACAACACUUUAUUAAGACCACUGGUCAACCUGUUUUUUCCCGUCCUCGUCGUCUAGCACCUAACAAAUUAAAAUUCGCAAAGAAAGCUUUCGACGACAUGCUACGAGAGGGUGUUAUUCGUCCGUCCGACAGUCCCUACGCUUCCCCUCUUCAUUUGGACUUACACCUUAAAAUGGCAAACUUAUGCUAUACACCACCGCGGCACUGCCCGAGUGAUAUCUAUUUACCGCACCAGCUCAAGGACUGCGAGUUUGUAUUUGUACGUAACGACUCUGUUAAGCGGCCUCUUACGCCGGCCUACACAGGCCCAUACCGCGUUCUUAAACGCGCGGACAAAUAUUUCCAAAUACAGAAAGGUAUUCACACCGACAACGUUUCAAUAGAUCGGUUGAAACCUGCCUUUAUAGAGAAACCGUCGUCUCAUACUACUUCCCAAUAA